UAUACUUAAAAAGAAAAACAAACGCUAGCUUAUUCCUAAACAAUUCUCCUUUCUUGUCCAUAUUAGCCAUAUAGUUGAGCAGCUAAUCCUGCCUGGCCAGGCAUAUAUAAAAAAGAAGAAGAAACCGCGUUUUGAUCUUGUAAUUCCCGUCCACCACAACAACACUCUAAAUCCCAAGAUUUCUACAAAUCAUGCCCUUAACCCUCCCACCAAGCCCUUCACACCACACCAUCAUCAUUCUCUCAUCAGUUCAUUCACACUGGACCCAUUUCACAACAAUAGCCAGAUCAUAACACACCCCAUUCCCUUGGCAUCUUUCAACAACCUCCUCUUGGCCGUUUUCUUUUUUCCUCCAUCAAAGCCGAAAUUAUAGCUCCAAAUUCACACACCCAAUCCAACCCCUUUUCGUCAAUCACUCCCUCCCCCACUAAGGGGUCUUAGCUUUGUUGAAAAAGGUAAGUGACUAUUGUAAAUUUCUUAGAUAAGUGGACGAUUCCUACGAAUAAAAUAAAAAAAAGUCACUCCCUCUUCCAAUAAAGACUCAAUUUUUUCACAACUUGGACUUUGGAACUUGGAUCCGAGAAGAAGUGAAUGGCUGACAUAGUGAAGCAACUGUUGGCAAAGCCGAUCCAGCUGGCGGACCAAGUGGCCAAGGCAGCGGAAGAGGCCAGUUCCUCCUUCAAGCAAGAGUGUUUAGAGCUGAAAUCCAAGACGGAGAAGCUGGCCGGGCUGCUCCGGCAGGCGGCCCGUGCCAGCUCCGACCUCUACGAGCGGCCCACGCGGCGCAUCAUCGCCGACACCGAACUGGUCCUCGACAAGGCCCUCUCUCUAACCCUAAAGUGCCGCGCCAACGGCCUCAUGAAACGCGUCUUCAGCAUCAUCCCCGCCGCCGCCUUCCGCAAGAUGUCCUCCCAGCUGGAGAACUCCAUCGGCGAUGUCUCCUGGCUCCUCCGCGUCUCCGCCCCCGCCGAGGACCGCGCCGACACCGAGUACCUCGGUCUCCCCCCCAUCGCUGCCAACGAGCCCAUCCUCGGCCUCAUCUGGGAGCAGGUCGCCAUCCUCCACACCGGCUCCCUCGAUGACCGCUCCGAUGCUGCCGCCUCCCUCGUGUCGCUCGCACGUGACAACGACCGCUACGGCAAAUUAAUCAUCGAGGAAGGCGGCGUCGGACCCUUACUGAAGCUUAUCAAAGAAGGCAAAAAAGAAGGGCAAGAGAACGCCGCAAGAGCAAUUGGGCUUCUCGGCCGUGACCCUGAGAGCGUGGAACUCAUGAUCCACGCUGGUGUUUGCUCUGUCUUCGCCAAAGUCCUCAAAGAAGGUCCCAUGAAAGUGCAAGCCGUGGUGGCUUGGGCCGUGUCGGAAUUAGCUGCGAAAUACCCUACAUGCCAAGAUCUUUUCGCUCAGCAUAACAUCGUUCGGUUGCUUGUAAGUCAUCUUGCGUUUGAAACCGUUCAGGAGCAUAGUAAAUACGCCAUUGUUAGCAACAAACCUACAUCAAUUCAUGCUGUUGUGAUGGCUAGUAAUAAUAGUGGUAAUAAUUCUAAUGGCAAUAGUAGUGUGAAGAAGGAUAGUGAAGAUGAGGAGAAGCAGAUGCAGAGUAGGAUGCAGCAUCCCUUGGGUGAUAGGUCAACAAAUCAGAUGCAUAGAGUGGUCACAAGUACCAUGGCAAUGCAUGCUGCCAACAAGCAGCAACAGCCCAAUCAAGGCAAUGAAGGAACUCUGAACUUGCAGGGUCCGAAAGUGAAUGGUAAUGGCAAGCAAAACCAUCAGUCUCACCAGCAAAGCUUCUCGUAUUCCGGGAUUAACAUGAAGGGGAGGGAACUUGAGGACCCUGAGAAUAAGGCCUACAUGAAAGCAAUGGCCGCGAGGGCGCUCCGGCAGCUGGCCAAGGGUAAUGUGGCCAUUUGCCGGAGCAUCACGGAGUCCAGGGCUCUGUUGUGCUUUGCCAUACUGCUUGAGAAAGGGUCUGAGGAUGUGAAGUACAACUCUGCCCUGGCAGUGAAGGAGAUCACGGCAGUGGCAGAGAAAGAUGCUGAAUUGAGAAGAUCGGCAUUCAAGCCGAAUUCUCCGGCCUGCAAGGCGGUUGUUGAUCAAGUGCUUAAGAUCAUAGAGAAGGAAGAUACAAAACUCUUGAUUCCUUGCGUAAAGGCUAUUGGGAAUCUGGCAAGGACGUUCCGAGCAACGGAGACGAGGAUAAUCGGUCCCUUGGUCCGGCUUCUUGACGAAAGAGAGGCUGAAGUGUCUAGGGAAGCAGCUAUCUCUCUCACGAAAUUUGCUUCCUCGGAAAACUACCUCCACCUUGAUCACUCCAAGGCAAUCAUAAGUGCCGGUGGUGCGAAACACUUGGUCCAGCUUGUGUAUCUUGGAGAACAGACAGUUCAGAUUUCAGCACUAGUUCUGCUCUCCUACAUUGCAUUGCAUGUGCCAGACAGUGAGGAACUUGCUAGGGCUGAGGUGCUUGGAGUGCUUGAAUGGGCUUCCAAGCAACCAAACGUGACGCAGGACGAAACCCUCGAGGCAUUGUUGCAGGAAUCCAAGGGUAGGCUGGAGCUUUACCAGUCUAGAGGUUCAAGAGGAUUCCAAAAAUUACAUCAAUAGGAUGAAGGGUAAGUUAUUCAUUGUUGUGGUUGUGAGGUUUGUCAAUCAUUGGUAUUGAUCCAUUGUUCUUGUGAGUGUAUAUACAAUCAAAUGUCUUAUCCAAUUGUUCAAAUUUGUUUUCAACUAUAAAGGGAAUUGUUUGUUGCCUAAUCCAUUUGUUCUAACUUACCUUACCUUACCUUGCUUUCUUGUUAACCCUCUUAUGGAAUGUAGUACCCCAUAGUAUACGCCAAUAUCAGCAGCUAUACUUUGUAAUCGUGCCUUUUAAACAGCCCCCGGUAGCUCUUUUCUAAUGGAAAUGUAAAAUGUACUUAUAAACU